ACUCAUCCCAUUUUUGUAUUUUCCUCUUUCUACCAUAUUUCACUUCACAAGAUUACUUUUUUUUAUAGGUUGAAGCCGAGAAGGCACCGCUCUUACUGCCGAAAAGUGACCAUCGAUCUAGGCGAGGACAACGAAUGGUCCUCCACGAUCGACACAACCCCAAAGACACCGUUCGGUCCGAAUUCGUGGAUCACGAGUUCGUCGAAUUUCGUUCCUUUUGUCGACAAUCGGCUCUAUUUCGAUCCGAAUUCUUUGCUCUGCGUCGCCACGUCGACAGUCGAUCCGCAGAAUUCGGAGCAGGCGAUCCGAUCAUCCGAACUUCUUCAACGUCAUCAUCAUCACCAUCAUCAUCAUCAUCAUCAUCAUUAUCCUCAUCGUCGGCAUCACCAUCAUCACCGUCACCACAGGAGGCACCGACGCGUGGUCAGUGAUCCGGGUGCGCGGGAUUGGAAUGUCGGUGAACAAAACGCAAAGCGGCAUCGCAGGAUGUUCAGCUACGAUACGGGUAUCACCGGACUCAGGUUGAUCGAGGAGGGAUCCGGGGCCGAUGACAAGGCACCGCCUCACGACGAGACGAAUACGUCGACGUUCAGGAAAGUGCCAUGGCAUCCGAACUUGCACAUGCUCAAAAUCAGGAGAACCUAGCACCACAAAACACGACGCACACACCUGGAUUGCAAGAAUUAGAUUAUUUAACAAGUUGAUCGACCAUUUCGUUAAUAGCAAAGUAUUGUAUUCUUCAGUUACUAAGUACUGUAAGAGUAGGGCAUCGGAUAGUGUUUCUUCUAAUAAAUAAAAUGUUUAUGUUACUAAGUUAGCUCAGCUCUGAUUACAACGAUGAAGCAUUGUCUAUUCUAUCCUCUAACAGGAAGUCGUAGCUUUGUCGUUUCUCAGGUCACGAUAUCCGUUCUUCCGUCCAAUUGUGAACGUUCGAUUAGAUUUUUUAUAAGAUACCGUAUUUAGAUUGUAAAGGAUCUAACGUAUUUAUAAUGUGUAUACGAACACAAGAAUAUAGAAUACGAUUUCUAUUCGAAUAAAUUGAAUAUCUGUUUA